AUGACAACAUUAUCUGGACUGUCAGCUAGACCAAUCCCCUUUGGCCCCUAUAUCACCAUCCAGCCCCCACUCACUCGUCAUGGAAGUGGCCCGGGACUGUUUAUUGUCCGACCUGCAGCCUUUGCGGACUGUCAAGAGCAAAACCAGACUCUGGAUCCUGCACCACUCCAGAAGUGGGCUGAAGAAGGAUUUGCAGUGGGCCAGAUAACACUUAAUGCGAAUAGCAAUAAUGCCGAGACUAUCGCGAGCUUGAGACAACAUUUAUCAGACCUACCGGAGUGCACUUCCACAGAUAACGAUUUCGGGUUGAUAGUAUAUGGUUCUAAACGAGACUAUGCCACCAUUCCUGAUUUGCGAGCUUUCGCCGACACUGUGAUGGCUGCGGUUUGUUUUGAUACCUGGGAAAUGGAUGAAACAAAACAUCUCCUGCAUUUGCAAACCCCCGAGAAUGAUGUCAAGGAUGACCAUCAGAAAUCUUAUUUCUAUCCGGACACCAUCUCGUCCGGCUUCAUUGUCCCGGGUCAUCCGGACUUCAAGAUAUCGACAGCAGGCGUUGCCCACACGCGCAGCCUUGUAUUUCUCAAAAAGUUCCUUGGGGGCCCUAAUUUUGAUCUGGAAAAGAUCUGGGAUGAGCACACCUACUACGAGUUUGGCGAUCGUUCGGUUGAAAAGACCAUGGCCACUAUGGUGCAAGAGCCAUAUGUGAACCAUAUUCCUACCAUGACCGGUGGAAUUGGCCGCGCUAGUCUGAGCAAUUUUUACCUUUACCAUUUUAUUUAUAACAACCCGGAUGAUACCGCGAUCGAACUAAUUAGCCGCACUAUUGGUACCGAUCGCAUCGUGGAUGAAUUCAUCUUCUGUCUCACCCACGUGAAGCAGAUUGACUGGCUUGUCCCUGGAAUCCCACCAACUGGAAAACCACUCCGUAUCCCCUUCACCUCGGUAGUCAAUAUUCGUGGUGAUAGGCUCUAUCAUGAACACAUCGCAUGGGACCAGGCGACCGUGCUUGUUCAGCUUGGACUGCUGCCCGAGUAUCUUCCAUUCCCGUAUGCCCUCCCUGAUGGCUCAGUCCCGGCUCCAGGGAAGCGCUUUGAGUACCGAGUUCCAGCUGCCGGGGUGGAAACUGCCAACAAGUUGCAGAAUGAACAUGACGUCGUAUCGAACGAAAUGAUUGAUUACAAAAUCCGAGAGGUUGAGGAUCGGUGA